AACUUCCAUAUAUCUCACUCUCUCAUAUCAAUACAUAUCAUAGGGUGAGGGUGAGGGUGAGGGUGGGGGUGGAGCUCAUAUUGCCUGGAACCACCGCCAUGGCACUCUCCUCUUCUUUUGCUUUCCUUUUCCUAUUCUUCACUCAUGAUCAACAUUCUUCCUCUCCCACUGCUCCAGUUGGUUCAAUACUGCUUCUUCUCAUCCUCCUCUCCAUCAUCAUCAUCAUACUUUCGUCUUUGAUCGCUGUGGCACGCAAGGACAAAGGCCAAGCACUUCCUCCUGGCUUCUUGUGCCUCCCCCUCGUCGGAGAAACGCUCAAGCUGGUGGCCGCUUACAAAACAGAGGAUCCAGAACCCUUUAUCGACGAGAGAGUCAGCCGCCAUGGCAGAGUCUUCACCACCCACGUCUUCGGCGAGCGCACCAUCUUCUCCGCCGACCCGGAGUUCAACCGCCAGGUUCUCACUGGGGAAGGCCGCUCCUUCGAGUGCAGCUAUCCAUCCUCCAUCUCCACCCUCCUCGGCCGCCAUUCUCUCCUCCUCAUGAAGGGACCUCUCCACAAGCGCAUGCACUCCCUCAUCCUCUGUCGCUUCUCAUCCCCCUCCGCACUCCGUGAAUCUCUUCUACCGGACAUCGACCGCCUGAUCCGUCUCACGCUUGAUUCCUGGGUUCCUGACGGACAAGAAGCAAUCACUGUCCGGCUUCUGGAGCAGGCCAAGAAGAUCACCUUCGACCUUACUGUUAAACAGCUUUUGAGCUUCGACCCUGGUGUUUGGACGGAAAGUCUCCGGCGAGAAUAUCUCCUCGUGAUCGAGGGCUUCUUCUCUAUUCCUCUGGCUCUUCCUUGUUUCCUCUCCUCUUCCACCACUUAUGGCAGGGCUCUCCGGGCGCGAAACAAGGUAGCAGAGGCACUGAGGGAGGUGCUGAGAAAGAGAAGAGAUGAGAAACAGAUGAGAGACAGAUCAGAUGAUGAAAGUGAUCAGCAGAGACAAAAGAAGAGGGACAUGGUGGAGGAGCUCCUUGAAGCCGAAGCUGGUGGCCUCUCCGAAGAUGAGAUGGUCGACUUCAUACUUGCUCUCCUCGUUGCCGGUUACGAGACCACUUCCACCAUCAUGACUCUUGCUGUCAAGUUCCUCACUGAGAACCCUCCUGCUCUCGCCCUCCUCCUGGAGGAGCAUGAUAGCAUCAGGGCCAAGAAGCUGCACGAGUCAGAGACACUGGACUGGACCGACUAUAAGUCAAUGCCUUUCACUCAAUGCGUGAUCAAUGAGACACUUCGUGUGGCUAAUAUCAUUAGCGGAGUAUUCAGGCGAGCUGUCACUGAUGUCCAUUUCAAAGGGUACACAAUCCCAAAAGGGUGCAUGGUGUUCUCAUCAUUCAGGGCCGUCCAUCUUGAUCAAAAUCACUACGAGGAUGCAAGGACCUUCAACCCGUGGAGAUGGCAGGAUAAGGAUGUGCCCCUGCAAACGAGUGCUGGUGCUGGUAUCUUCACUCCCUUUGGCGGUGGCCCACGACUCUGUCCUGGCUAUGAACUUGCCCGUGUUGAGAUCUCCGUCUUUCUUCAUCACCUACUCACUCGUUUCAGGUGGGAAGCGGCGGAGAAAGACAGGCUGGUUUUCUUCCCAACUACGAGGACUCUCAAAGGUUAUCCAAUCAACGUACGGCAUCGGAGACCUGUCAUCUAGCCUAUGUUUCUUCUCUCUGUUUAUAUAUAUAUAUAUAUAUAUUUUCCCUCAUGAGGGAAAUAAUUUGUUCCUUUUCAUAUUAAAAUAAUAACUUAAAGAAAGAAAGAGGGGGGAGGAUGAUGAGGCGAAGAAUGGUUGUAUUAUUGAUAAGAUUUUUGUGUACCAACAAAAUCUACUAGUUGGAUGGUCACGACCCGCAACUAAAAUA